AUGCCGUUUAACUGGGAUGUACUUGAUCACGAGGCCCUGAGUGGCAUAGGCACUGCAGGUGAACUCUGGGAAGCCGAGCCUCAAGAUCAAUACCAAAAUUUCUCAGAUGAUAUGAAAGCAGAAGAGGACAAUAAUCCACAAAGGAUUGAAGCCACAGCACCAAUCCCAACUGGAGUUUGCCCACACUGUGGUAGCAAUCUCAUGGGCGAACAAAAGCCGAGCGAAGACGCAUCUACCGAAUUUGAAGUGUUAGUCUACACGGAUUGUAAUAGAACUAGCCCACAGAGCUCUCCAGCAAGCACAACACCGAGCUCAUCCUGUUCUGUAGAUAUCAAGCCCAAUGAUCAAAUUAUCAUUGACUUGACUCUUUCUGACGACGAGGGCGGUCAUGAAGCUGAUUCCGAUAGUGUUCGAAUCAAUCCAUAUACCGGUAAACGCGUCAACCGCUGGACGGAAGAUGAAAAAACCGACUUGUAUGUUCUGAAACUUGCGUAUUCAGUCAACAAUGAAGAACUUAGCAGAAUUCUCAGCCAGAAACACCAAAAAUUCCGUGGGAAAAACUCGGUCGUGGCGCAAUUUACGGAGUAUAGAUAUACGGCACUCAAUAAAAAGUUAUAUCUAGAAGUCGCAACAGCUAUCAUCAAUGAUAAGCUAUACAAAUAUUCCAGUUUUACCAGUGGGCUCAAAAGCGCGGCUCGAAGGGUCGGUGUUGCGCUGGUACUGAGAAGGAAAGAGGAUAUUCGCAUUGCAGAUACUCCCCUAACAUGUCGAAACACCAGGAGGGAUCGAGGGCCUGAUGACGAAAACAGCGAUAGUGACUCUUCAGUCUCUUCAAGCAAGUAG